AUGUUACGCGGUACUGUAAUAUCUUGUGGAGUACCUAUCUUACUGCGACAUAAACGAUUACAAAAAGACUAUAAAAACAUUUCAUUUCUUCCCCUUUCACCGAUUCCACUUAUUGGAAAUAUACCUCAAUUCGAUAAACAACAUCACGUUUUCUUCCAAUUACUUUGUCGAUUGGCAAAACAAUCUCAAGACGAAGGCAAAGGUCUUUUCUGUAUAUGGCUUGGAAUAACACCGAGGAUAUUUUUAUGUUCAGGUCAAGGACUUGAAUCAUUUAUUAAUAAUAGUAAACAACUUGUCAAAUCUUUUCAUUACACUUUUCUUGAACCUUGGCUUCAAACUGGUUUACUCACUAGCAACAAUGAUAAAUGGCGUAGUCGUCGUCGUUUAAUCACACCAUCAUUUCAUGAUACUGAAUUAUUGCAUAAUUUUAUGAGUAUAUUCAAUGAACAAGCAUGUAUUCUUGUUCGUCGAUUUGAUGAAUAUCCAAAACAAGAAAAUAAAACACAUGAUCUAUAUCCAUAUAUAUCUGCUUGUACACUUGAUAUUAUUGCUGAAGCUGCAAUGGGUACAAAUCCAAACGCUCAAUUAAAUAAUAAUAAUAAUAAUGAGUUUGUAGAGGCAACGACUGGAAUCACUAGUAUAGUAGCUACACGUGCACGGUGCCCAUGGCUUUGGCCUACAUGCAUCUUCGAUCGACUACCAAUAGGAAAGAAGCAAAAAAGGCUACUCGAAGUUCUUCAUGGAUUUUCUCGAAAGGUGAUUAAAGAACGUCUUGUUACAUGGAACUCUGAUGAUGAUGAUGCAGCAAAUAAGAAUGGAGAGAAGAAACAAAGACGUCGUCUUGUAUUUCUCGAUAGUCUUAUUGCUCAAAUGCAUCAUGAACAACUUUCAUUCAACGAUAUUCAAGAAGAAGUAGAUACAUUUAUGUUCGAAGGUCAUGAUACAACUGCAACUGCAAUAAAUUAUUGUUGCUAUUUAGUUGGAUGUCAUCAAGAUGUUCAAGAAAAAAUUCAUGCUGAAAUAGAUACGAUAUUUGGUGGUAGCUAUCUUUAG